GUCAUUUCUUCGGCAGACUUGUCUCUCCAGCAAACAUCUGAUUAAAUGAACUGACUGAAGGAGCUACAGCUUGAGAUGGAGUCCGGGUCGACCCACUUGGACCAAAACGGAGAAGACAGUUCUGGUUCUGAUAAUGUGUCCCUGCUCAGCGCCGGGGUGCCAGCCACAGAGACAGACCGAUUUGGGUUCAUUCUUGGCACUGGGUCGACUGUCGGGAAUGAAGGCCCGCCUCCAGAGGUGGUCAGACAAAGGGAGACAAAGUGGCUAAACAUCAUCAGCCAAUGGGAUCGCAUCAUACUGAAGAAGACCAACAAGGUGAAAGAUCAGUGUCGGAAGGGUAUCCCCGCAUCACUCAGGGCAAGGUGCUGGCCACUGCUCUGCUGUGCCACAGAGAGAAUGAAGCAAAACAAGACACUGUACCAGAGUCUGGACUCUGCCCCUGGGCUGCAGAGCUGGGUUGAUGUGAUUGAGAGAGACAUUGACAGGCAGUUCCCUUUCCACGAGAUGUUCCUCUCCAGGGAUGGCCACGGGCAACGCGGGCUCUUUCGGGUCCUGAAGGCGUACACGCAGUUCAGGCCGGACGAGGGCUACUGUCAGGGCCAAGGCCCGGUAGCCGCGGUGCUUCUGAUGAACAUGCCCGCUGAGGAGGCAUUCUGGUGUCUGGUGCAGAUCAGUGAGCAAUACCUCCCUGGAUACUACAGCCCCCUGUUGGAAGGCGUGCUGUUUGAUGCGGGCGUGCUCAGUGGGGUCCUGCGCAGGGCGUGUCCCGCCGCCCACAAACACCUGCAGAAACAUGGGGUUGAGCCGCUCAUGUUCGCCACUGAUUGGCUGAUGUGUCUCUAUACCCGACACCUGCCCUUCAACACCCUGCUCCGGGUGUGGGACCUGUUCUUCUGCUACGGUGUGCGGGUGCUGUUCCAGGUGGCGGUGGUUCUGGUGCGCAGGACUCUGGGAAGGCCGGAGCAGAGGGAGGAGUGUGAGGGGCAGAUGGAGACCCUGGAGAAGCUGAGGGGGGUGAAGGCCCGGAUUCUGCAGGAGGACGACGCCUUCAUUGAGGAAGUGUGUUCAGUUCCGCUCUCGGGAAAGGACCUAGAGCGAGAGACAGAGAAAGAACUGCAGAGGUGGCGGAAAGAGCGGCCGGCCUCGACCUUCGACCCUCGACAUCGCUGCCAUGGAUACAGGGCAGCCUGGAGGAAGGAGCGGGAGAGAGAGGAGGCGCAGCAGAAAGUGGAGAGGGAGAAGGGGAACCUGUCCGUCCCUCUGCUACGGUCACCCUCCUCCCUCUCCCCCUCGCUCCUCCGAAAGAAGUUGAGGCGAGAAAGCAGAACGGAAAUGGGAGAGAAGGAGGGAGGAGGAGGAAGA